GCCCCUUGACAUGACGAUCCACGUCUUAAUGGUUUAUUAGUAUAACAAUUACAAGUAGGUCUGCCUGGGGUUUUCAAUUUGAAGGAGAUUGCCUCUAUGAAGAAGCAACAAUGAAAGAAUUUUGUGACUGGUGUCGACAUAACUCCAGUGAUUCCGACCUUUCACCCGAAGUAUUCCCUCUUGUAGAGUUGGACCAGGAUUGUAAAGCAGGAGACCUCGUCGGAGAUGGAUCAUUACAUGUUGACGACAGGUCUCCGUCUACAAGGAAGGGGUCAGGAAAUCCAUUGAUGUUGUACAAGAAAUCUAAUUUCUGGUGCUAUGCAGAUUAUAAACAUAUGAAACAUCUCUUCAAGGAUUCACCUAGUGUUUUGGAAGAUGUGAGAUGGAAAGAUUUAGGCUUUGAUUGUGAUGGCAAUCAAAGUACCAUUUGGAUAGGUAGUGAAGGAGCUAAUACGCCUUGUCAUCAGGAUACAUAUGGAUUCAACCUUGUGGCUCAGAUACGAGGCAGGAAAAAGUGGCACUUAUUUCCGCCAUCCCAGACUGAGUUAAUGUACCCUACCAGAAUCCCAUACGAGGAAUCAAGUGUAUUUAGUCUUGUUAAUGUGAAGUCUCCAGAUCUGAACCAACAUCCAAAAUUUGGUAAAGCCACACCUUACGAAGUAGUUCUACACCCAGGAGACAUUCUGUUUGUUCCCAAAUUGUGGUGGCACUUUGUGGAGAGCUUGGAUACAUCUAUUAGCAUUAACUGCUGGAUUGAUUUGGUAAGUAAAGGCCUGGUCCCACUGGCCGAUGGACACAAAACGUAUGCAUAAAGGAUCGAGCGGACAAGCAAAAUUUUGGGCUGGCUCCAUCCGUUUUCAUCCGCUCCAGAAAUGGAAAACAAUUGGACGGAUGCUCAAUGGAUGUAACACGUAUGCAAUGAGUACGCAAUCGAUGCAUGGCGUUUUCCAACAUAUGGCAAGAUGUGCAGUGGGACCAAAUUGAAAUUUUACUCUUCAAGUCCUAAUGAUCAUAUUUAUGCCACCAGCAAUUGAAGGUAGAAGCUUGAGGCAUAUUUAUUGUUGUCUUGCCUAAACAAAGUUCGGCAAAGACCUAGUGAUCACUUUUCCUGUUGAUCUGUUAGUCCAUAAGUCCAUUGGUCUGUUCCAAAAUGUUAAAGUUUUUGUUCAACAUGCUUUCAUUUCUUUAUCUCUGCAUCAGUUUUGAUCACAAAUGAUCAUCGGGUAUUGUGAAUGAUGGGGUCAAAGGUCAUCUAGGGGUCAAAAAGUCAAGUUUUUGUUCGAAUUACUCUUGUUUCUUUAUUUUAGCAUCACUUAUCUUCACAUUCAGUACAAAUGAUCCUUAGGCCACAUGUGUUUUCAUGAGGAUGAUUUGGUCAAAGGUCAUAUAGGGGUAAAAAGGUCAAGUUUUUAUUCUCCUUGUCCUCUUUUCUUUAUUUUUGCAUCAGUUAUGUUCACACUUGGUACAAAUGAUCCUUGGAUAGUACCACACAUGUGGUCAUGAGGAUGAUGGGUCAAAGGUCGUCAAGGGGACAAAAGAUCAUAUUGCAUAUUUUAUUGAUAGCGAAAUCAGGCGAGACUCGUGGUUCCUGAACCACCUUGCCACAUAAUAAAAUAUAUGUGUAUACAUUUGCUUAAAUGCAACCCUAACAGUUCGGCUGGUUAUUCACAAUAUAAAAAUGAUGUUGCUUUGAAUAGUACUACAAAUUCAACUACUUAAAAAGAUGGGGGGACGUAUUAUUAUGUGCAUUCUUUAUAUAAGUAUGAGUAUGAAAAUAAUGACAGGAAAAGCAAAGAAGAGGAAAUAAAUCAGAAAACAGAUGAAAGAAGUUGACAAAGCUAAAACAAGCAGGGGUAGAAAAUAAUCCAGAUUGUUCAAAGAAAUUCGAAUGAGGAGGAGGAAGAAGACAGUAAUAAUAGUAAUAUUUAUAAUUUAUUGGGUGCUGCCUAUUCAAUGGCACACUAUAUACAUGUAUUACCAUAGCUCCAGCUGCUGAAGGCGCUUGGUGCAUUUAAAGGAAUUAAUCCUGUUGGGUACCCAUCCACCUUACUUGGGUUGAGUGCAGCAAAAAGUGGGUAAAUUUCUUGAUGAAGGAAAAUACACCUUGGCUUGGACUCUGAUUUAAAGACUUGAAUUGUAACCACUAGACCACAAAAACAAAAGCAAAACAAACAGAAAAAUUGAAUAGAAUAUUGGGAAAAGGAAAAGUGGAGAGAAGGAAGGAGGGGAAGAAGGAAAGAAAGAAGAAGGAAGGAAGAGGGCAUUUG